AGCUUCGCGACGGGUAGGCUGGAUGUGACCUGUGAAGCUGAUAUCAUGGCGGCGGUGGAUAUACGAGAUAACCUCCUGGGAAUUUCCUGGGUUGAUAGCUCCUGGAUUCCAAUAUUAAACAGUGGGAGUGUGUUAGACUAUUUCUCUGAGCGUAGUAAUCCAUUCUAUGAUAGAACAUGCAACAACGAAAUGGUGAAAAUGCAAAGACUAACCUUGGACCACUUGAAUCAAAUGGUUGGAAUGGAGUAUAUCCUUCUUCAUGCACAAGAGCCAAUUCUCUUUAUCAUUCGAAAGCAGCAAAGACAGACUCCCACGCAAGUUAUUCCAUUGGCUGAUUAUUAUAUUAUUGCUGGAGUAAUUUAUCAGGCUCCAGACCUGGGGUCAGUGGUAAACUCUAGAGUGCUCAGUGCAGUUCAUGGAAUCCAGUCGGCUUUUGAGGAAGCCAUGUCUUACUGUCGCUAUCACCCUUCCAAAGGGUAUUGGUGGCAUUUCAAAGAUCAGGAGGAACGAGAUAAAGCUAAGCCCAAAGCAAAGAAGAAAGAAGAACCAAGCUCCAUUUUCCAGAGGCAGCGUGUGGAUGCAUUACUUCUAGAUCUGAGACAAAAAUUUCCUCCUAAGUUUGUGCAGCAAAAAUCUGGCGAAAAGCCCAUUCCAGUGGAUCAGAUCAAGAAGGAACAAGAGCCAGCCCCUGAAGUGAUAAAACAAGAAGAGAAGGAGACUGCCAAGAUCACACAACAAAGCACUAGUACUAAAGGGCCGCCAGAGAAACGGAUGAGGCUGCAGUGACAGAAAGGGAGAUGACAGUCAAACUGGCAAGAACUUGACAAAAAAAGAAUGUAAAAUUGUCUGCUGUCCAAAAACUGCAUGGUCAACUAUGACAUUUCAAGGCUUAAACAUGUGGAAUCAUUCAAAUUAAUACUUUACGAACCUGUUAAUUGCAAACAUUCAGCCAUGUAUAGGAAGAAAUUGCUUCUUGUUUGAAACUUCCAAUUGAAUUUCACAAUGUAUUAUUUGUGAAACUUCUUUCUUAUACUUUUUCCCAUGCUUUUUAUCUCUGUGAUGUUUUUGGAUGAAACUGUCUCCUCCCCUUUCACAAAGUAUAGAUGCUGGAAAAUUAUGCUUUUGGAGGGAUCACCUUUAAGGAAAUACAAACCUGAAACAAUAUAAUUCAUUGAUCUUCAUUGCCAUCACUUUUUUGGUUCCCACCACUAUGUGUGCAAAUAUGUGCAAAGAAUAGCAAACGUCACACGGUGGAAUUACUUGAAGAAAGCAGUAGACAGAAGACUUUGGCUGUAAAUGAAAAUGUUUUCCUAACAACUUUAUAACUUCCAUAUAAUUGGAAGUGAAAUAUAGGCUGAAAUUUCAGACUGUCCUUUACCUCUCCUAACACACACUAUUAUUGUAGUCUUUCUAAUAAUAGGGUUUAUGAGGCCAUAAUGCUGGAUUUAAAGAAAUUCUUUAUGUUCAUUCAGGUAUCAAAACAAUGGAGUUAUAGCUACAUCAGCUCAGAUAAUCUCUUUCUGAACAUGUAUUUUCAUUUUUUCUAACUUUGUUCCCAAAUUAGAAUUUAAUUUGGGGUCGAGGAUAGUACACUAAUCUUCUUGUCCACUUAAUGGACAUUUAUAUAAUCUUUGGUAAUUCUGGCCAUUUCUUUUGGUUACUCUUGAAAAGUACAUAGAUGAACAUGAAAGAAGGAACCUGUGUUCUUGUCUAAUAACAUCUAGCUAUAUAACAAUGAUGGUUGGUAACUUAUUGGGUCAGUUAAGUGGGGAUGCAGCAGAGUUCCAUAGGCUUGGUAAUUCUCCAUUAUGUUGUUGGGGCUUAUGCUCUGAAGUUUUCAGUUGCAUUAGCCAAGGAUAUUUUACUCAGCUGGUGUUGAAUAACCAGGAUUGCGGGGGGAGGGGGGUGCUAGAAACCAUCUGCCAUAAUAUAAUUUGAUUGUACUCUAUUUUUUGUACUGUCCAGAAUUCUUUUCCCCAUCUGAGUUUUUUUUUAGUAUAAUUGAGGAAGUUGUUUUUAGUGUAUCUGAACCUUAGUGUCAGUUGCCAGCAUAGAAGAAAUCUGUUUUAUGAAAUACUUGAUAUCUAUGAUUUGUAAAUAAAUAUUGUAAAUGUUGCCUUGUUUGAAUAAGGGAGGGAUGAGAAUAAACGUUUCUUGAGGAUAAGGGAUCAACAUUUUCUAAGUUAUCUUUUAUUUGGAUGAUCAUGUUAAUGGUUCUCAUUUUUACUGUUUUGCUUUAUGAUGUAAAUAGAUGGGUUUCAGCUUGUGUUCCCCCCCACCCCAAGUCUCCAUUAUUUUAUAUGACAAAACAUUUUAAGAAUUUUGUAUGUAUGGCAAACCUGCAAAUGAAAUUUGUUACUGAGUGCAGAAGAUCUAUAUUGGUUUUGUAUAAAUGAUACUGAUCUUCACUGUCAGAGCUGGCUCUACAGCGUUUUUUGCUACAUUGCAAUGUAAGUUAAUUUUUCCAAAUUACUUCAAAAUAGAUUUGAAGAAAAUUGCCAUUUACUUCUAAUGCUUUAGAAUGUUCCAUUUUUCAGAACUGAGUUAGAAAAACAUCCACUCAUUUUGGCUUUCAUAUUGUAAACUAUUGAGACUACAAUAUGAUACCCUUUCCUAAAGCAGAACAAUGAGGUUAUGGGGUAUUAAAGAGAUUAAUAUGUUGCACUUUCAGAAGCUUUUGUGGUUAUGUAUGCUAUGCUACCACUUUUCUUAGGUGGGUCAGAUUCUAUACAUUGCUGUUACUGGAUAAAAAAAGCUUUCUUCAUUAACCAGUUUCUCUGUCAAACAUAUCUAUUUCUUCCCCUGGGUUUCUAUUUUCCUAUUUUACUUGGACUAUUACUUGAACUAUUUUCUGUUUUACAGAAAAUGGGGCCUUCUGUCUCAAGACUGGCAAUGUUGUCCUAAUAUAUGUGGGAGGGUCUUUGUUUAAUCAAAUAGAAACCACUUGGAAUUAAAAGUUCAGCUGCAGUGUAUUUGUCCAAUACAUGUGUUUAUGUAAUUUCUAAAGGGCAGCACAGCAGUGUGUUGACUUGCUUGUGCAGUGCUUCCUGCAAAGUUACCCAUCUGCAGUAAUUGAAAGCUGUGAAGCAGGCUUUGGGCAGUAUCUACUAGACUCUUCUUGUUCCUCCUCUUUACCCAAAGAGUAAACUCAUGUCUUAAAGCAGGAAUAGCUUGGCACAUAACCCAAAGUCUGAUGUGUUGAUCUGAAAAAGGAUAUCAUUCAGUCAGGAAUAGUACAGAGAAGGGCAAGAAAAUGAUCAAGGGGCUAGAACAACUCCCCUGUGAGAAAUGGCUAGGACAACAGGGACUAGCUUAG